UGGGGGAGAGAAGAGGCUCAAGGCCACUGUCUUCUCCCCCGCUCCACGCUGGGGUCUCUCUGUCUCUUUCUCGGGCUGACUGGCCAACAUGGCCACGCACGUUUUUCUCACGGGACCCCCAGGAAUUGGAAAAACAACAUUGAUUCGGAAAGCUGCUGAAAUUUUGAAAUCAUCUGGUAUCCCCAUUGAUGGAUUUUACACAGAGGAAGUGAGAGAACGUGGCCAGAGAACAGGUUUUGAUGUUGUCACUCUGAAUGGAAGAAGAGGAAUUUUAUCUAGAGUUGGCUCUGGUCAUUCAGCAGCAAGGCAUGAAUAUCGCGUUGGCCAAUAUGUUGUAGAUCUAGCUUCAUUUGAACAGUUGGCUCUUCCUUUGUUGAGAAACACUGACUUUGACAGCAGUUCAGUGAAAAAGGUAUGCAUUAUUGAUGAGGUUGGUAAAAUGGAGCUCUUCAGCCAGACAUUUAUUCGAGCUGUCCAACAAAUUUUGAAUGGAUCCGGGACUGUGAUACUUGGAACAAUCCCAGUGCCUAAAGGGAAGCCUUUGAGACUUGUGGAGGAGAUCAGAAAUAGAAAAGAGGUGAAAGUCUUCAGUAUUACGAGAGAGAAUCGAGAUGACAUUUUGCAAGAAGUUGUGACAGCUGUGCAGAACUGCCUAAAAUGAGAUGUUUGUCUUUGCAUCCCAUCUUCUGCUGAUUAUAGUUUGACAUUAUUUUCAUUAAUAUCUACAACUUAAUUAACUUGGAAUAGGCUGGUGUCGGUGUUUCUUGUUUCACAUGUGUUUUCAGAAGUUGAUUUCUGAAUCAGAAUUAAUAGGAAAAUAAAUGCACAAUACACAAACACAGCUACACAUUCACCACCACAAUGAUUAGCUUCAUCACAAUACUGAGAAUCCGGUCUUUAAAUUGAUACCUUUUUAAACUGAUGUUAAUACUGAAAAUGUUUGAACAAUAUGCUGUGGUUCAGUCUGAUCAGAUAUUUUUUUCACUUAUAGCACUACAUUCUAGAAGGUGGACUUUCCCAUGAUGUAAAAACUUGCCAAAGUCCUAACAUCUAUUCUUCCAUUCUCUUUCCCUCACCCAGGGUCUUAUGCAGUAUAUACCCAUUAUGCAAUGAACAUUUUUUCAGGAUUACUAUAAGUUAAAGAAAGGGGUAGGCAUGGAAAACUAGAAAAAGGGAGAUUUCUCAAAUGCCAAUGAAUUUUCUUUAAUUUACAAAACUGAGCUCUUUUAGAAAUUUGUCAAGGGCAUAGCUAAAGCAUUUUGAUUACUAGUUAUUAGCUUUUAUAUAGUUUAAAAAACACUUUUCACCGGUGUUUAGGGAUCUCAGGAAUCAAACAUCUUAGAUUAGAGAGUUGCCUCUGAAAAUAAAGUUAAAGAUGACUAGAAGACUGGAAACAAGACGCUUACAUGUAUCUAUCUAGUGUUAUUUUGGGGUUAUUUUUUUUUAAAAAAAUGAUUUUAUAAUGUUGGUGAAAUCAGAUUUUCCAAAAUCCCUUUAUCCCUUCAUUUGUUUGUUCAUUCAUUCAGCUCUUAACUUCUAAACAUUUAUCAAAUAUUUCCUAGCUAUUUAUUUCUUCAUGGAACGUAUUUCUCUUGUGAAUAAAUUUUUAUUUCUCUAAUUCAGCUUGACAUUUGAUGCACCAAGUUAAAUUGUUGUUGUGCUCAGUAACAUGUAACAUUUUUUUAAUUUCGUUUGCACCUUUUUUUUGUUAAUAAAGAAGUUAUAAAUUACUGUGACACAACAUGCAUCCCGCAAGACCUCUGAAUGGUGUUCAGGCAAAUUGUUUACCAUUUAAUCAGUUUAGCAUAUCAUGAAAGCUAAAUUCCCAGCCAGGUGCACAUGUUUUCAUACGCUGCAAUGUUUUUUUUGGCGCCAGCAAAAAAAUGUAAAGAUACUCAGCCGUUUUUCUUUUGGAAUGUGAAAUGUAACAUAUGUUCAAUUAAAGCAUUCUUUAGUCAAAGGAAUGUAGAAUC